UGAAUUGUGUUUUGGUUUUUGGAUUGGGUAGCCGCGAGUUCCCCUGCAGAAUUUCUUCUUCUCUGCAGUCGGCUUCUCCCCCCUGCUAGGCUCGGUUUUGCUUGCUAAAUUUUGGUUUUGAUCGUUCUGUCACCGUGGCACUUGGGUUAGCCUUUUGUUAUGUGCGAGUGAGGAAGUGAAACUGAGGACGGGGAAACCACGGGAAGUGACGAGUUAGAAGGCUAGCCAUUUCGAGAUUGAUAUAGAUUCUAGAAAUCAUGAUCUGGUAAACCAUAGUGUAUUUGGAGAUUUAUGAUAUGAGAGAAUAUCUUAUAAUUUGAUCUUCAGAUUUUGAUGGUAUUAGUUUGUGAUUUGAAUAAGUUCCGAGCCUUGUGCACUUGUGGGACUCGUCUCACGAGUGUACGGUGUCUGUCGCGCCUUGGAUUCGAGUUCUGGGUGUGACAAAUUGGUUGAUAAAAUGCCACGAAGGGCAUGGAACGAUACUUUUUAGAUUUUUUUUUUUCCUUUUUUUUUUGAACAAGGUAAAUGUCAACUACAACAUUUUAUAUUUUUAGGGGUGGCGGGAACGGGAGCUGGGGUUUCAACUUCUUACCUCCCAGCAAUGUUUCCACUUUAGGGACAGAGUGAAACCACCCCAUCCAUAAUGAGAACGGAACGAUACUUUUUAGAUUUGUUAUAGCACACUGGAAAAAUUAAUUAAGUAGUUUGAAAUUUGAAGAUAUGUUGAUAUGUUGAUUUAGAAUUUGCAAAAUAAUACUUAAGGAACAUU